AUGGCAGAGAUAUCGAUAUCGCAGACAACGGUUUCUACCGUAUUUACUAAAGGGACCUCUUAUGAAGCAGUUGAUGUAUGGACCAGGGCGCCAGGACAGACCGUGUUUAGCUUUUCGACGGAAUUUUGGAACAGCUUCACUACCACUUCUACUACUUCCUCCUCAACUACGUCUUCUACAUCCACAACGGAUAGUUCGAGUACGUCUUCGAGCCGAGUAUCACCGUCGCUUAUAAAUGCUACCCAGUCGGUCGAAUCAGAUGGCAACUCAGGUCUCUCCAGUGGAGCCGUCGCUGGGAUUGCUAUCGCGUGUGCUGUCGCGGGGUUGAUAAUGGGAACUAUAUUAGGGAUUUUCUUGUUCCGACAGCGAAGGCGGCGAGGGUCGGGUGAUAGGUCGCGCGGAGGCGAAUACGAUAGCCAGGAGAAGCCUUUGCAGAGUCAUAUAUCAACAGAUAGACUGCAGCUGGACCAAUUUCUCUUAGAUCCAACCCCGGAUGCUGAAAUACGCACGGAGCUUCGUUCUUUGAGCCAACUGCUGCAGCAACAUGUCGAAAAUAACUACCAUAACCUGCCGGUUUCGCGUAAUGUAGGUGUCCUAUCUGCGGAGCUGGUUCAUCUAGGAGUAGGCCAGGGCGAUACCUUACUGGCCGAUACACUUGCUUCUUUAGCCCUAAGCCCGAGAAGUCGAUACAGUGCUAUUCAGCACAUCAUUGCCAGCGUUACAUUUGCCAGCGUCACCCUUGACGGGACCUCGCCUUUAUCUCUGCUUCCACAGCCGGUAUCCUCGUUCGCCUCCUUGAUACCGGCUACGGAGAGCUUUAGAGGAAAUUCGGACGCUGUCGAUGCUGCAUUCACUCGAUGGCGACAGUUAUCCGCCUUCUUGCUUCACCCAAGCAGAAGCGAUAGGACACCAUUAGUUCCAUCUGAAGAUGUUAGCACUCACCAAGCGCAACGGCUUGCUGAGGCCCUGAAUAUCUUCCUCGAGCCUUUCGUAGCGGGCGAUCGUGAAGACAGAUACGAACAGGAGAACCACUUACGGGAAGUGAUUGUAGAAUGCGCUACGUUUGGCUAUUUGUUAUUCUCUCAGCCCUCGGAGUAUCGAUUCCGCUUCGAAGAUGGUGUAAAUCCGAAUCACAUAAUCGUUUUCCCGGGGGUGGAUAGGAUUAGUGAUGAAGACGGCCAUAGACAUCCUUCGAUGACACAAACAGUCGUCACGCCUGUGGUUGAAAGCUUUUAG